AACGACUGCCAUGGGGUAGCAUUUUGGAUAUUGUUUGUUGUAUACAGUUUUAUAUUGUGAAAAAUUAAAGCCGCGAAAAUAACUUUUGAAGCAUUAAAUACCAACAAGCACUUGAUUCUCACAAUCCUAACCGAACAAAAUAGUCACCAAAGUAUAUGAUCUAUGGCGACAAUAUUCUUCUGCGUGUCUGUAGAAUGAAUUAAAGAAUAUUUCAAGCUGCAAAGAGGAAACAAAAGAAGAAAAUUCAGAUGUAACUGAUAUAAUUGGAUAUUGGGGUAAAUGGCAACUAUUAUACUUUGCAAUUUUGUUAUUUUUAAGCUUUCCUGCCGGAUGGUUUAAUUUUAGUAGGAUAUUUAUGGCACCGAACAUUGAUUAUUGGUGUGCAAAACCAGCAGAGUUUGUAAAUAUGACUACUGAAGAAUGGAAAAAUUUCAGCAUCCCUUUAGAAUUAAUUGAAAGUAAACAAGUAUAUAGUAAAUGUGAAAUGUAUAGUUUAUCAUCUGGAAAGAAUAGAACCCGAAUAUCAUGCACAUCGUGGGAAUACGAUCAUUCGUUUUAUACAUCCACCAUAACUGAGAAAUGGGAUCUAGUAUGUGACAGAGCAUGGAUAGCAUCUUUUGCACAAUUGAUGUAUUUUGUAGGAUUUUUAAUCUCUGUUUUCAUUGGAGGACAGUUAUCUGAUAAAUUUGGUAGGAAACCUAUGUUCUACUUAACUUCAGCAUGGACAUUUAUAUUCAGUAUGAUAAGUAUUUUUACUUCGUCCGUCUGGUUAUUUGUUGCAUGUCGAUUUUUACUUGCACUCGGAAGACCAAAUACAACACAAAUCAUAUAUGUACAUGCAACAGAAAUUGUUAGAAAAGAAUACAGAAUUGCCGUAGGAUUAACAUGUAAACUGGGAUAUAUAAUAGGACAAUUUGUUCUCCCUGGACUAGUUUGGAUUUUCAGAGAUUGGUUUUAUAUAGAAAUAAUAUACGUUUUGCCGUGUUUAAUCUGUCUUCCAUUAUGGUGGGUCACUUCAGAAUCUCCAAGAUGGCUUAUUACCCAAGGAAAAAUAAAUGAAGCCGAAAAAGUUAACUUGACCAUAUUCCACCUAAUCGAGCUCUUGUUGACAAUGCGAUGGACUACAAGAAAGCAAACAUAGUCGAAAAGAAUCAUCAACUAUGUACCAUGUAAGCGGAAGCGAAAGGCAAAAAGUUAA